CGAGCAAAAUGUCGCUAGAUGCAGAGACGUUUCUCUUGACUUCUAAUUAGUAGCUUGAGAUUUCAUUUUGUACUGAUGUGAGGUAGCCUUUAACUUGACCCAAAUUUGUGCAUUUCGAUGUCGUGGCGGCUGGCUGUCAGUAACAUCAGUCGCAUCCGGUGCCGGCAUCAUUUUUUUCGCGUUAUCACGCAUACAAUACUUUCGAUUUAUACGCAAAAUGUUUAAUACUUUUCACAUCAUCAUCUUUCUGCCCCUGCUGGGACUGUUGAAAUUUGCAGCUGGUGGUGCCCUUCAGCUGACUGCAAACAACUUUGACAAAGUUGUAGGGUCCACAGAUCUGGUGUUGAUCAACUUCUACGCCGACUGGUGCCGCUUCAGCAACAUGCUGGAGCCCAUCUGGGACGAGGGCGCCGACCUGGUGGCCAAGAAACUCGACUCCAAACGCGUGCUCAUGGCCAAGGUGGACUGUGACAAGGAAGAUAAGCUGUCGUCUCGGUUUCACAUCACCAAGUAUCCGACACUGAAGCUGAUUCGGAAUGGCCACCCUGCCAAGAAGGAGUACCGCGGCCAGCGCAGCGCCGAGAGCUUCCUCAAGUUCCUCGAGGAGGAGAUCAGGGACCCUGUCAGAUUCAUCAACUCGACCGAUGACCUCAAGGAGGAGAAGAAGGGUCAGGUGAUCGGCUACUUUGAAAGCCCCAACUCGUACUCGUACCAGUCCUUCAUGAAGAUGGCCUCGUCGCUCAAAGACGAGUGUGUCAUCAUUGCCGGCUUUGGGCCCGAGUUCCGCGCGUUCAUGCCCGGCGGGGAGGACAUGGUGAUUGUGCGGAAACCGAGCUCGCUGGACGAUAUCGCCAUGCCGCCCGACGUGCCGGUGACCGACACGGCACGGCUCACCGACUGGGCACGACGCACCUGCGUCCCACUGGUGCGGGAGAUCACGUUCGAGAACGCCGAGGAGCUGACCGAGGAAGGCCUGCCGUUCCUCAUUCUUUUCCACCUGCCAGAGGAUACCGAGACGCCCAAACGCUUCCUGCGAGUCGUCGAAAAGGACCUGUACUCGGAGAAAGACGGUAUCCAGUUUCUAACGGCGGACGGGCUGACGUUCGCCCACCCUCUCCAUCACCUGGGCAAGUCGAAAAAGGACCUGCCGCUUAUCGCCAUCGACAGCUUCCGGCAUAUGUAUGUCUUCCCAGACAUCAAGGACAUGGAAGACCCGGUGAAAAUGAAGCAGUUUAUCGCCGACCUGCACUCUGGCAAACUGCACCGCGAGUUCCACUACGGGCCGCAGCAGCCGGCGGCGGCCGCGCCGGCCCCCACACGCGACCAGCCGAGCACGGCAGCGCCCACCUCGCCCCCGGAGUCUGUGUUCAAGAAGCUGGGCCCGUCGGGGAGCCGGUACAGCCUGCUCAAGGAUGAGCUGUGAUGGCUGCGGCCGCCGGGCCGGGCCGGUGCGCGCGAUGGACUGUCCGCCCCGCCGCUGUCGCCAGCUCACCGGCCCGGCGCCCGAGCAGCGACCCAGUGUAGCGGCGACACACUGCUAGCAAUCCAAUGUUGUUAUUUUUGUCAGAGCGAGAUUAUUGUGGGGUUGGCGUGAUACCACACCGGCAACUGAACUAGAACCUGGAAGGGGUGUGGACGAUGUGCGAGGUAGGUGUCCCUUGUUUAUUGAGUUUUAUGAUCUGCAACUAUUUAUACCCGGGAAUCUCACAGUUUCCCGAGCUCAGCGUAAUAUCGGUCCCGUUGCAUUCCAGUAGAAACGUCGGUCGGUGGCCUGCCGCGAUGUUGAGGCAUUGAAUGCACCUAGGUGACGAUGGAAACUGUUGUGGAAACUGUUUGACAAAGUGGCUGCUGUUUCGGUCUUGCGAAACGGCAGGCGCUUUGUGCUUUUUGAUGACCGCCUUUCUUUUAGAUCACGUCGUGAUUUGCGUGAAGUAUUUGUUUCAGUUACAACUGUCUAUAUUUACACCUAUGAUGGAUUAUGGCCUCAUCUUCCCUGUUUAGUGCAUAUAACUAAGCACCUGAGCUGGUGCACGCAUUUUCUCCCUUUGCUCUUGCGCCCGCCGUAAUUCAUAUAGAGCAUAUAUGAAGUGUGGAGAUUGAACAAUUUGGAAAGCCAAGUGUUUUACUGCUUCUACUUGUUCCAUGGCUCCAGCCAGCCGCCCCUCAGCAUAACACUGUUUUCCGGAAUGGUAUGCUACUUUAUAAUGUCCCCGUAGUGGAGCGAUUUUCCCCCACCGGCAUCUGCGCAAAAGGGCUGGACGGGGGGGGGGAGGGCAAUGUCUGUACGACCGUGUUGGAGUGUUGGCCUGAGGAAACUUAGCACGUGAAAAGGAUAUUUUUUUGUACGGCUUCUUCAAGAUAUUUUGGUGAUACUCGGAAGAACGUUAAAAAGGAUGGUUCCGUAUCCAUAGUGUAGAGUGUAGAGCCUGAUUAGAAAUGAAUAUUUAUAUUUGUACCUCAUCUGUAUCAACUAACGGGCAAUUGAAGUCCCCCGACGCACUCUUGAUGAGCAGAAUUACUCGUUUUGCGUUUGAAGUGUUCUGUCUACUAAAAACUGCAUUUGGCGAGAUAGCCCAAACAUAGCUUGCAUUAGCGCGAAUGCCAAUCAUGGACGAGUGAGGAUCGAUUCUAUGGACCGAGAGUUUGGAGUGCGAAAUGAGAGCCGUUUCUCAGACCCGCAAUAAAUCCGUUUUCUUAAA